ACAUUAUAAUUAAGGAGGACUAUAGUCUCAAUUUGCGCCGGUUGGAAUAUUACAGAUUUUCUCUCAUGGAUAAAGGAUUCGUUUUAUUGUCACAGGCUGAUGCAGCUGUGCCUCACUAGCUAACUGGCUAAGCUUUUAGUUUGUCAGCCACAUUUAGAGAAUUAUUUCAGUGAAUUACUACAAGUGUGCUCUGCAGCUAGUGUGAAUCCCAAACCCAGACACCAAUUCAGAGAUUAACAUAAGACAUUAAAUAGUAUAGAAAUGUAAAGGUCAGCAUGAGCAUUUUGCUUGUUUUUUGGUGAAUCAUCUGUUUGCUAACACUAUAUUAGCUCUCACUGUUACUUUAUGAGAUCUGGCCCUACCCUAGUUGGCUUGGUGAACUUUAACUCUACUGGAUACAUAUAUUUUCUUAGUCCUAUUUGACCUCUAGGGUAGUGAACAUUUUUAACCGAGAACAUAUAACGUUAGGUGCUCGUAGAUUCGUUUGGUGUAUAAAUUACAUUUUUCAUUGAGCUGAAGGAAUAGCUAAACGAGUCCAUCACUGGAAGCUGCCUCAUCCAUAAUCUCCCUUCACUGAUGUUAACGAGGCAUCCUGACUGCUCGUUUUGAAUGACAAUUGCGCGAUAACCGGUACUUGUUUAGGACGGCUCAUUCAUUUGCAUUUGAACAGUCCUUCUUUUCUGAAACGCUUUAGUUAAGUUAAAUGUUGUAAUUCGGACGUUGGUAACGUUAUGGGUUCAUCUUCUGCCAUGGUGCGUGGCGUAACUCGAUAAACGGCCCCUGGUUAGUAAUGACAGACAAUAAGGGGAGAUCACUGCCUGCAAUGCCCGAGCCAAGGAGUCCAACCACCAUGAAGCAGCCCUCUGAUUCACCCGGCGGAUGCAAGGGACGGGGUGACGGCAGCGCUGACCCCACCAUGCUUAUGGAUAAAGUUGCCACCCAGCUGGCAGCUACACCUCAAGAAAGUGUUCUACAGAUGAUCAGCACUCACAAUCACGCUCAUAAUCACAGCCACGAGCGGCUGAAGGACUUGACUUCUCGCUUGUUAAAUGGCGAUCAGGACAAAAUCCCCAAACUUUGUGCCGCCACAGCUGCACAGUCCCUUCUCAAGGGGGUGGAGCCUGUGCCUCAGCACGCCAGCCCUCCGAGGAAGUCCAGUGCCUCUCCUGAACUCACUUUUAAAAUUACUAAAUGCGUUGUAAAAUCGAGCCGUUAUGAAGAAGGUUUUGCAGGGGAGGUGACGGAGCACACGGAUGCACCGCUGAGAAUAUCAAAUGAUGUUCUGGUCUCUCCAACGGCCACGAGCGAUAGGAGAAAGAAGAAGAGGGGGCUUGUGAGGAAGAGAACCCCACCAAAUCGGAGGCGCCCCAUUUUAGCCUCUACUUUGAGAUCAGAUACAUCUCCUCUACUGCACAGCACCCCAAAGUCACAUGAUCUCACCAGCGAACCAUGUGUUCGUCCAACUGAGUCUAAUGAAAUGGAUGACUGUGAGAUUCCUGCUACUGUAACUCCCACCCCUGUCCAGCAGACGGUGACGGAGUGCGAGCUGAGUAAUGUUGCACAGGUUGUGGAUGAUGUGAAAAUGAAGGAUACAGACGCACAGCCCCAUGUGCAGUACUCCGUGGGAGACAUUAUCUGGACCAAGGUGUCUGGAUACCCAUGGUGGCCAUGCAUGAUCACUACAGACCCAGAGUUUGAUGUGCACUUUAGGUCGAAAGUUACUAGCCGCACAGGAUUGUUGUAUCAUGUGCAGUACUUUGGAAAUGCCCCAGAGAGAGGAUACGUUUUUGAGAAGAGCAUGGUCACCUUCUCAGGAAAAGACCAGUAUCACUCACUUAGCCGUGGAAAGAAACUACAGAGUGAAACUGGUGGAAAUAAGCGCUCAAUUCCUCGUAAGAUCCGGGAGCAGUGGGAGACGGGCAUUUCCCAGGCGACAGAAGCAUUGGGUCUGCAUAUAGAGGAGCGACUGGCCAAAUUCAGUUUUGUGUAUGAAGAGGGCAAAGCUCAGUUUAACCCUCACAUGCUACAGGAGCUUCAAGCGCAACAAAAUCAGGGACCAAAGCAAGACCAGAAUGAGUCUCAGGAGCUUGUCAGCCUCACUCCCCCAGACUCCACCCAGUCCAGUCCCAGCUCCUCAAAACCUACCACCGACCCCCUUUGCCCUCCCACAGACAGCAGCACUUCAGCAGGUAAAACCGCCCUGCCCAAAAAAGCACCUAAAACCUCAGUAGAAAGGGAUCGUGGCAAACCGCGCACCACAGCGGUGUGGAUAAAGACAGCACCUGCUUCUGAGAAAGACAUCUCUAUCACUAAGUCUACUGUUCAGGAUCCCUGCACUGCACCAGAGACACUUGAACCCCAGAAGAAAAGAAAGACGAAGGCAAGGAAACAGACGUCCCGGAAAAAAGACAAACUCUGCAUUGACUUGGACCUUCAGGCUCAAGCUCCUCAGAGAAAACCAAGACUGCUUAAGCAAAAGUUUCCAGCAGCGCCAAACUCAGUGAAGAAGAGGAAGGUCAAAGCAGGUGUCAGUCUCUCUGACACUUUAAACACACAGUCUGGUACUCCUGCGCCUUCAGCAGAUUUGAAGUUAUCAGCACUAAGCCCAAAACUCUUGAAGGAUAAAGACGAUACGGCUUCUAAAGGAAAGAAGAAAGGCUCUAAACGUGUAAGAGAGUCAAAGGAGGAUGUUGCGCCCCAGCCCAGAAAGAAAAGCAAGCUCGAAAACGAACCGAAAAAAACAAAAGGUCAAGGCCAAAAGAAGACACAAUCAGAUGAGGCUGCGGUCACGACACAGAGGAGGAGGAAACAGAAAUCUGAUGAUCAAAGGAAACGGUCUAAAAAAGCCCCAAUGGAGGAAUCUCCUGCCAAGGUCAAACGCGUCAGGAAGCGGAAACAGGAGUCAGGCAGGCAAUCACUUCCUGUCUCGUCUAAAAAGAACCGCCCAUCAUCUCCUGAGUCAGAGGGUUCGGUGUGUGAGCACAGACCCGAUUCUCCCAGUGACAGCAUAGAUGAAUCACAUACCUCAAAAAAGACAGAGCGCACACCCGGAGCCAAGAAAGAGAGCGUAUGCCUGGUGUGUGAGCAGACAGGUGAGGAUCUGGUGACAUGUGAGGGACAGUGCUGCGGCUCAUAUCACCUGGAAUGUAUCGGACUGGACAGAUCGGCAGGAAAGGUGCUCUGCAACCCUUGUACCUCAGGUGCACACGUGUGUUUCUCCUGUAAGAAGUCCGAAGGAGAAGUGCGGCGCUGUUGUGUGCUUCACUGCGGCCGGUUCUAUCACGAGGCCUGUGUGCGGUUGAGCGAUCUGACCGUCUUUGAGAACCGAGGCUUUCGCUGCCCCUUGCACACCUGCCUCAGCUGCCGCGGAUCUGCAAGAGCCACCAAAGGUAAGAUGAUGCGUUGUUUGCGCUGUCCCGUGGCCUAUCAUGCAGGAGAUCUGUGCGUUGCCGCAGGUAGUGAGAUGCUAUCCUCUACUGCCAUUGUGUGCACAAACCACUUCAGGGCUAAGAAGGGCUACAGUCACCACUCCCAUGUCAACGUCAGCUGGUGCUUCAUCUGCUCUAAAGGUACCACUUCUACUGUGAUUAUUAAAGUUUUUACAUGCUCUGAGUGCUUUUGUCUAAUAAAAACAUGCAUAUGUUUGUGGUUUCAAGGUGGCAGACUGCUGUGCUGCGAGUCUUGUCCGGCUGCAUUUCACCCUGACUGUCUGAACAUUGCAAUGCCUGACGGCAGCUGGUUCUGUAAUGACUGCCGCUUGGGAAAGAAACCCAAGUACAGAGACAUCAUCUGGGUCAAACUGGGGAACUACAGAUGGUGGCCCGCAGAGAUCCGUCACCCCAAGAACAUCCCCACAAACAUCCAGCACCUGCGGCAUGAGAUCGGGGAGUUCCCGGUGUUUUUCUUUGGCUCUAAAGACUACUUCUGGACCCAUCAGGGCAGAGUGUUCCCUUACAUGGAGGGAGACCGUGGAAGCAAGUAUCAGCAAAACGGCAUCGGCAAGGUUUUUAAAAAUGCCCUGUUGGAGGCUGAAACUCGUUUUAACGAUCUCAAGAUGGAGAGAGAGGCCAAAGAAGCCCAAGAGAACAACAAAAAACCUCCUCCAUUUAAAUACAUCAAGGUAAACAAGCCCUGCGGGCGAGUGCAGGUCUACACUGCAGACAUCUCCGAGAUCCCCAAAUGUAACUGUAAGCCAUCGGACGAGCGACCCUGCAGCUUCGAAUCCGAGUGUCUGAACCGCAUGCUGCUGUACGAGUGCCAUCCUCAGGUGUGUCCUGCUGGAGAACGCUGCCAGAAUCAGGACUUCACCAAGCGCCUCUACCCCGAAACCAAGAUCAUCCGCACCGCGGGCAAAGGCUGGGGCCUGCUGUCUAUGAGAGACAUUAAGAAAGGCGAGUUUGUGAAUGAAUAUGUGGGUGAACUCAUUGAUGAAGAGGAGUGCAGAGCCAGAAUCAAAUAUGCUCAGGAGAAUGACAUCACACACUUUUAUAUGCUCACGAUUGACAAGGAUCGGAUUAUAGAUGCAGGUCCCAAAGGGAACUACUCUCGUUUCAUGAACCACAGCUGUCAGCCCAACUGUGAGACUCAGAAAUGGUCUGUUAACGGAGACACACGUGUGGGCCUGUUUGCUGUGUGUGACAUCCCUGCUGGAACUGAACUCACUUUUAAUUAUAAUCUGGACUGUUUGGGGAAUGAAAAAACCGUGUGCCGCUGUGGAGCGCCCAACUGUAGUGGUUUCCUAGGUGACAGACCCAAGAAUGGCCAUACUUCUGAGCCCAAAGCCAAGCAUCAGAAGAAGAAGCCCAAAAGGAAGAGGGCCCGGAAUGAAGGCAAGAAGUCAGAGGAUGAGUGUUUCCGUUGUGGUGAUGGAGGAGAGCUGGUUCUGUGUGAUAAAAAGGGCUGCACCAAAGCCUAUCACCUUUCCUGUCUGGACCGCACCAAGAGACCAUUUGGUCGUUGGGACUGCCCUUGGCACCACUGUGACGUCUGUGGAAAGAACUCUGAUGCUUUCUGCCAGCUGUGCCCCAACUCCUUUUGCAAGGCUCACCAGGAGGGGGCGCUGCGAACGCACCCGCUCGCAGGCCAGCUCUGCUGCCAGGAACAUGAAGACUCUGAUAUCCGGACCCAGGCAGAGAGCCCUACUGAGAACACCCCCAUCUCUGAACUGACCUCAUCCACCAAACCCAAGUACAGAAGCAGAGCCGAGCCCAAAACAACCGGCAGAGCAGAAUCUAAAACCACCAGCAAACCUGCUCCUAAAAAGAGGGGUCGCAAAAAGGCCACAGAGGUGUAGUGGGAUGUAGAACUAUUGAACAUGUGUUUCCUCCCACUAACUCCGCCCCCUUUCCCUCAGCCACACCAUAAAUGAUUCAGUGAUAUGGACGUCGCCGUGACUGUUCUCCCAAACUGAAAGCACUGUACGUGUCUGAUCAGGGAAGUGUGUUUAACACUGUAGAGUUUCUUAGAGCCACCAAAAAUCGGGUUCUUCUCUCCCUGUGUUUCACUCUCAUGUGUAUGAGACACAAUUGGGUGCAUGUGCAUCGCACGCAGAGCCGACAGCUGGAACACCUUGAAUCAACAGCAUUACAGAUGCCAAACUUGAAACAUUUUCACCUUUUGAAUCUUGGCGUAGAUGUUUGUGUAUUUUUUAAACAGUAGAUAUGUAUAUGGAAAUGUAUAUGAAAGACCAAAAUUAUAAUAAUACUGGAUUUGUUGUUUGUAACAGGUGCCAGGAGUCGCUUUUUUUUGUUUUAUUUUGUUUUAACAAGUGGUAUCUUUAAUAAGACACUAUGAGUAGCCCUUGAAUUACAUUUUUAUAGUCUGUUAACUAUAGAGCAGCACAUUUUUUUGUAGCACAGUUCAUUUUUGUAGCUCAUUUUUUUUGAGUUUCCGUAACCAGAAUAUUAGAGUUGUUAAAUGAGCCUGUGAAAUCUACCUAUUCAGAGUUUUAAGAGGAAAUCAUGACAGGUCUUCUUGUGAUACUUGCAAGAAAUAAAGCAUUUUGA